AUGUUCAACUAUUUCCAAGACUGUAUUCUCGGGAGACAGACGAAGAAGUCACGAUCCUCCGAGUCCAUUGCUUCCGCUAUUGUCACCAAAAUCCUCGAUGCCGACACACCUUACUCACUCCACAAAGAAGUGAGCGAGGAACUUUCCACCGAAGGUUGGUCCGACGCCAUAGCACAGGCUAUCCUCCGGGGUUUAGAAAAUGCAAUCAAAGCCGGUACAGACAUGGCGCGAGUUGCGUCUGAUGCUGCAGCCCAAAGCAAAAAUGCCGCUGUUGGCUUUGCAACAGAUCACCCUGUUUACGCUACGCUUAUUGCAAUGGGUAUUCUGGCCUUGCUGACACCGUUGGCUCUUGAGAUGCUUGGAUUUGCCGAGUCGGGUCCAAUUGCGGGCUCGUUCGCAGCUGCAUGGCAACGGACCUAUGCUGGGUAUGUGCCCAAGAAUGCUUUGUUUGGCUAUUUCCAGAGGCUGGGAAUGAAAUGGCAUUGGGUUUAUUAG